AUGACGACCGUCGAAAAGAUCAAGGCCAUCGAGGAUGAGAUGGCCAAGACGCAGAAAAACAAGAACACCUCGUUCCAUCUUGGUCAGUUGAAGGCGAAAUUGGCCAAGUUGAGAAGAGAGCUUUUAUCCGACAGCACUGGCGGGGGUGGUGGUGGAGGUGCAGGUUUCGAUGUGGCACGGACAGGUGUGGCCACCAUUGGCUUUGUGGGUUUCCCAUCGGUCGGAAAAUCCACGCUAUUGUCUAAACUCACCGGCACCCAUUCGGAAGCUGCCGCAUACGAGUUUACCACUUUGACCACCGUGCCGGGUGUGAUCAAGUACAAGGGUGCAAAGAUCCAGAUGUUGGAUCUUCCGGGAAUCAUUGAGGGCGCCAAGGAUGGUAAAGGUAGGGGUCGUCAGGUCAUUGCCGUGGCGCGCUCGGUUAACUUAUUGUUCUUGGUCCUUGACGUCAACAAGCCUUUGCAGCACAAGCAGGUCAUUGAGAAGGAGUUGGAAGGCGUGGGCAUCCGGAUCAACAAAGAGCCACCCAACAUCGUCAUCAACAAGAAGGAAAGAGGCGGAAUCAACAUCACCACCACAUCGCCCUUGACGCAUCUCGACGACGGCGAAAUCAAGGCUGUGAUGUCCGAGUACAAAAUCAACUCUGCUAACAUUGCUUUUAGAUGUGACGCCACCGUUGAUGACUUGAUCGAUGCGAUCGAAGCCAAAACCAGACGGUACAUCCCCGCCAUCUACGUGUUGAACAAAAUCGACUCGUUCUCCAUCCAGGAACUUGAUUUGUUGUACAAAAUCCCCAACGCCAUUCCUAUCUCAUCCGGAAAUGGCUGGAACUUGGAUGACUUGUUGGAGAUGAUGUGGGAACGCUUGAAGUUGGUGCGUGUUUACACCAAGCCAAAGGGUAAGCUCCCGGACUUCAGCGAGCCUGUGGUGUUGAAGAAUGGCCGCUCCACGGUUGAAGAUUUCUGUAACUCUAUCCACAAGUCUUUGGUGGACGAUUUCAGAAAUGCUGUUGUGUUCGGCACAUCGGUUAAACAUCAGCCUCAAAUCGUCGGCUUGAACCAUGAGAUGCAAGACGAGGACGUGAUCACUAUUUUGAAGAAGUAGAUGGAGAGUCUCAGGUGGAGUAUAGAAUUGGAGGACACUUGGUUGAGCUUGUAUGGGGUGGGACUUGAUUGGAAAAGUCACCGGUGUCGUCUCGGGUGCCCUCUGAAUGUCUAGUUGUAUAUUAAGAAUGGACGCUCAGUGUCGUGGAUUACUUAAAAAAACACUGGUUUGACGUUUGAAGUUUCCUUAGCUUUCCUUUCUUAUGGAGAUCUGAAAUCGCGUAACUGCCAUGUAUAGCUCAUAUCCCAGUACCUUACCCGAAUCAGGUUUUGAGGCAUGUUCGAAAGUAUACGGUCUAUUAUCACCCUAAUAAUUGGAUACAAACUGGG